GCAGACACGCCAGAUGGAUAGAGUUGGCUGUGCCGGAUACAUCCGUACGCACUAGACCAACUGCUGAGAAAACAAGCGAAGGGAUAUUUGUUUAUAUAUAUUUACAAACACUCUGAUUUUGACACCGCUGUGUUCAAUGGAUACCGGUUGUUUCACUGCAGCGCAGCGAAUUUCGUGUCACACCAUGAACGCGGAUUUAUUUAAGCCUGUUCCGGAACGUGGACCCCAGCGGGUCCCUGUCGCGGUGAAAACCAGCAGGACUAAAGCCGACCAAAUCAAACCGGAGCUGGCCCAAGUAGUGACAGACUCCAAAACAGGAAGAUCCUACAGCAAAGGGAAGCUUCUGGGAAAGGGCGGCUUUGCUCGAUGCUACGAGAUGACAGACCUCUCUAACAAUAAAAUGUAUGCUGUGAAGGUGAUUCCACAGAGCAGGGUGUCCAAACCGCACCAGAGGGACAAGAUUACGAACGAGAUCGAGCUGCACAAAACCCUGUCGCACAAGCAUGUGGUGAAAUUCUCUCAUCAUUUCGAAGACCAAGAAAACAUCUACAUAUUCCUUGAGCUCUGCAGUCGGAAGUCCCUGGCCCACAUUUGGAAGGCGAGACACACGCUCACAGAGCCAGAAGUACGUUAUUACCUCCGACAGAUUAUAUCCGGCCUCAAGUACCUACACAGCAGAGGAAUCCUGCACAGAGACCUCAAGCUAGGCAACUUCUUUGUCAACGAGAACAUGGAGCUGCGGCUAGGAGACUUCGGCCUCGCUGCAAAGCUGGAGACAGUCGAGCAGAGGAAAAAAACAAUCUGUGGCACCCCUAACUACCUGGCUCCUGAGGUGCUCAACAGGCAGGGUCACGGCACAGAGUCUGACGUCUGGUCUCUCGGAUGUGUGAUGUACACGCUGAUGUGUGGAAACCCUCCUUUUGAGACUCUUGACCUAAAGGAGACAUACAAGUGUAUAAAGGAAGUCCGGUACAACUUGCCAUCCUCGCUUUCGCCUGCUGCACAGAAACUCAUCUCAGGCAUCCUGCAGAAAAACCCCAGCGACAGACUCUCCCUGGAUCAAAUCCUCAACCACGAGUUCUUCACCAAAGGUUUCACUCCUGAUAAGCUUCCUCCAAGCAGCUGUGUGAUGGUGCCAGAGCUCCAUCCCCCAAGCCCUGCCAAGAAAUUCUUCACUAAAAUGGCUAAGAGCCUGUUUGGGAAGAAGAAGGCAAAAGUGGAGAAAAUUCCAUGUGAGGAGAAAGAUGACAAAGACAUUUCCAAGCUGGUUUCCGGCAUUGUCAAAUGUUCAAUCAACCGACAGAUCAGCUACAAGACAGUGGGACCCAACGAGGUUCCCUCUCCCACCGGUCAACUGGUCAGCUCUGUGCCUCUAGAACAAACUCCUGCUGAGGAGGAAUCCAGGAAGUCCAUCUCCCGCUCCUUCAAGGGCACCAUGGCCAGCAGCAGUGAACCGUGUGAGGACGUCCUGACCCCUGCAGCUGUCGCUGAAUCAGCCAUGAAAGUUCUCAACAGCUGCCUGGUCACUAUGCCUGCAGCUACCAGAAACCCGCCCUGUUUGUCCAGGCCUCAGUCCUUCCUGUGGGUCACUAAAUGGGUGGACUACUCCAACAAAUAUGGUUUUGGCUAUCAGCUCUCCAACCAAAGCAUUGGUGUGCUCUUCAAUGAGGGAACACAUCUCAGUCUUUGUAACCAACGCAAGACGGUCCACUACUGCUUGACCAACAACAAACACUUCAAUUUCCCUGCCGCCACUCUACCUGAGCAGCUUCGCAGCCAGAAACAAAUAGUCGAGCUCAUGGCGAACUACAUGGAGCAAAACCUAAUGGAGGGUGGGGAUCUGCAUUGUGAGGAGCAAGUCUCAGGUCCUCCUCCUUUGCUGCUGCAGUGGGUGAAGACCGACCACGCUCUUGUCAUGCUCUUCAACAAUGGCACCUUGCAGGUAAACUUUUACACAGACCACACGAAGAUCAUCCUGUGCAAGUCAACCGAUGACUCCUAUCUGCUCACCUACAUCAGCCGGGAGCGCGUCUCAUGCACUUACCUCCUCAGCAUGCUGGCUGAGAUGGGCUGCACCUCGGAGCUCAGACACCGACUGCGAUAUGUGGUCCAGCUGCUCCAACACCAUGCCGAUGCCUGAGAGCACCAAUCAGUGCCUCCCAGGCUGCCUGAGUGGCAGAUGCCUUCGAGGCACUCUGACUGGUUAAAACCUCUUCUUAGGCAGCCUGACUGUUUGAUUAUAUUCCUCAAGGCAGUGCCGGGAGGAGCCAACGGAUGGAAAGAUGCUCAGAGAAGUUGAGCAGAUAUUUUUGCCUUGACUGGUGCUUAUGCUGCUGUUUAUCACAUGGAUUGACCUUGAUAAACAUCAAGCAGUCAGGAAGUUGCCCCCAUGCAGCAUCUGCCUCAAGGAUUAGUGCCUGUUCAGCUUAUGCCUCAAAGGUGUCCACCUGGAAGGUAUUGAUACCUAAAAUAAGAGACUCCUACUUGGCUUGAAAUGAUGGAUCCCUUACAGGCAGAUGCCUAAAUAAACACCACAACUCUCAUUCACCUUUCCUUCACUCAAAACCACUGCUUCUUGGCUGGACCUUUCUAAGCCAGCUCCCAACCCUGCAACAUCAGCUUCCUGUUACAGCUGAUAACCCAGGCAUGGUCUCCCAAACAGUAUCUUAACACUAAAGUUGUCCUUUUUGCUUGCAAAGGAACAAGGAUAAUCUUGUAGCUGGAAUGCUUUUAGGCUCAGUUUUCCAAAAGUUUUUUAGCAGCAAGCUCACUUACUGGCGUUAACUUGCACUGGAACUGUGGCUUUACAGCAGAGAUGCUUUGGGAAGAGCUGUGGUUUGGUUAGAGAGAAAAGGAUCCUCCUACCCUCGGUUGGUUUCUGGCCUAUUUGGAUUAUGGUGCACACUCUCUUUGUCCUUUUUUUUUUUUUUUUUUCAUUUUAAAGAAUUAUUGAGCCAGCUAUAGGAUCACAUUACAAUCUUGACCUCACAUGCACAAAUAACAUUCCUGGCUUUAUUUGAUGACAGUGACGCAAAAGUUUGCUGCUCCAUCAUCACUUGUCUUUUUUGUUAAUUAGACAUUUUUCACUGACCUGGUACACGGCAUGAUAACGGGGCUAUGGGAGCAACACAAUAUUGCACUUGUUUUUUUUUUGUAAAUUCAUCUGGAAAAUGAAUCCUUUUACAAACACAUGUUGUUUUAUUUGUUUUUAACUAAAUACCAAAUUUUCUUUGUAGGUUUUUAAAAUGAUUCCGUUUUAAAUUCACAUACUAAAAUUGAGUGUGUGCCACACAUGCAGGUAAACAAAACAGUUGGUUGGAAAGUGAGGGGGGGGGGGGGGGGGUUAAAGUGCCUUUCUGAGGGAUGUCUGUAUAGUGCAAUAACAACCCUUUGUGAAUGUCAAGCUGGAUACAAACAGAGGUGGGUUUUCUAGGUGGGAUUUACUUUGUACUUUGAGCCAAGUUUGAAAGUAAGUCCAAUAGCACUACACUCUCACUACCUGGUAUAAGCUUUUAGAAUAACUGGUAUCAUAAAUAUAUAUCCCAGUAAUAUCUAUUAAAAAAAGAAAACAUUGUACGCUGUUGUACUGUACUGUAAUCCUUAUCGGUUUACAUUGCUUUCUCGACCCAGAGUUGUAUCCUAAAAACUGUGACCUGGAAUGCAAGUAUUACGUACAUGUGUUUUCAAAAACCCAACAUUGUGUAAGCCAUCUGCCAAUUAAGAAGAGUCCUUAUUUUUUUGGCACAUAAUGUCCUGUUUAUUUAUUUUUUAUUUAUACAUGUUUUUUUAUUUAUUGUUGUGUAAAUGUUACGGUCUUGACACAAGGAAAUGUUCAAUUCCAAUCACUUUUUCUAUGAAACGUGUAGGGGGAAAUGGGACAAAAAUAAAGUUUAUUGAAAAUCA